AUGGAGGACACAGCUAUGCCAAGAUUUCAACUUAUGGAUGACAUUCAGCUGCAAGACUUAAUCGAUUCUGCUGAUAGCAAAAAUACGAAGUAUGCAGUAAAAUACGGCAUUAAAAUAUUUGAAGAGUUCUUGCGAAAUGUCAACACGGACCUCGGAGAUGUAAACAGACUUCCGAAUGCAGACCUGGACAAGAUCCUUCAAAAAUUCUAUGCGGGUUGCAGGCAGAAGAACGGCGAUUAUUACACACCCUCCAAAAAAGUCAUCAGUCUUUUAUUUGCCUACAUCACCCCUGAUUUUGUUUUGCAAAAUAUCUUUGCAGAUGAAUACCCAGUUGUUGGGCACCAGACCUGUGGUGGUAGACUAGAACUGGAUCAUUAUCAAGAGUACUUCGUCUUGAACUCCCCGUACUACUACAGUCAGCAGUCGGUUAGAGGAGAAACAGAUUGCUAUUGGUAUGUGAGUAGUCCGGCAGGUAAACAGGUGCAGCUUGAAUGGCUUGAUAUUGAUACAUCGAAUACUUACGUGCGUGUGUACGAUUACCCAUCAUCUCAAAAUUACGAGGUAUCUCAAUUCCGAGGCAACGUUGGCCCAGACAUGUCACCUUUCGUGUCUACUCGAGGAGGCAUCACGUUUGUGCUAGACGAUAACUCUGGUACUAGUGGAAGAGGGUUCCUCGCCAACGUCUCACUUACAGACGGAACUUCGGUAGUGGGCCCAAAAUCAUGCGGGGGGACAAUUAGGCUGAGCAACUCAAUGCCAGAUUUUACACUCAACUCCCCAUACUACUACCAACCCUCGUCAACUGCUUAUGUGCUCUGCUACUGGCAUGUACAUGCUCCAUCGGGACAGGAGGUUGAGCUGACAUGGUUGGACAUUGACAAUCGAAAUCAAUAUGUUUAUCUCUAUGACUACCCAGCCUCUACCAGCUACCAAAUUUCCUCUAUAAAAGGAGACAUUGACGUGGAUAUAUCACCUGUGGUUUCUUCACGUGGUGGAUGGACAGUACAACACACUGACAGCUACUCUGGGAACAAUGGAAAAGGCUUCCUGGCAGAGUUCAGUCUGAGAGACACACCAUAUUAUUCGAGCGCAGCUUCAUGCGGAGGUACGAUUCCACUGACACAGUCUUCACCAAAUGCUACCUUCUCCACCCCGUACUACUUUCAACUGUCUACAUCUAAUGUUGACAUGAACUGCUGGUGGUAUAUUACAAGUCCUUCAGGAAAACAGGUCCAACUGACAGUACUUGAUCUCGAGACAGGCAGUUCUGAAAAGAUAUACAUUUAUGACCAUCCGACUUCCAGUAGAUACCAGGUAUCUUACUUGUCCGGACGCCUGGAAUCGCCUGCUACUGUCUUUUCGUCACGGGGCGGAGUGCUAGUUUCCAGCUCUGGUUAUAACAGCCCAGGAGUCCUGUUCGAAGCGAGGAUUCUAGAUGCAAUGCCCUCAAAGGUGUCGGGUUUCUGUGGCGGAGUGAUUCCCUUGAGUGCAAGUACACCACGUGUCACAACCACCACUCCUUUGUACAAUCAAAAUUCAGUAUCUGAUGUGACCAUCGACUGCUGGUGGUACGUCACAAGUCCCUCGGGCAAGCAAGUUGAGAUGCGUGUACACGACCUCCAGACAGAAAACGAGUAUGUGACGGUGUACGACUAUCCAUCGUCAUCGCUCUACCAGGUUUCCUAUCUUCGUGGAAAUAUCAGCGAUUCUACGGUGGUGUCAACAAGAGGAGGUUUCUCUGUAGUUUUCGACGAUGCAUCAAGCAGUAGAAAUGGUCAUGGUUUUGCCAUGGACGUCGCACUGACAGACGAACUUUCGUGGGAUAGUGUUGGCAUUGAUUCCUGUGGUCAAACGGUACACCUAGACAGUUCAUCACCAUCUAUUGUCUUUAGAACACCGACUUAUCCUGUCGAGGUUGUGAAUGACCAGUACAACUGCUACUGGUAUCUCACCUGCCCUUACGGAUACCGAAUCUCGCUGCUUUUCAACGAUUUCGACACUUUCUCCAGCUCCCGCUUCAGAGUUUACGAUGCCUCUUCUGUUUCGUCAACCCAUCAGUUGGCCGAGAUAUCAUCUAGUUCCACACCAGGUUCUGCAGCUAUCCAGUCAUCCAGCAACAGCCUAACGCUUUACUACACUGAUGCUGACUGGAGUGACGUAACAAGGCAACGUGGAAUACUCGCUAGUGCCUCCAUUGUUGCGUCAGGAGAGCCAACUUGGGACCAGGUUGAACCGAUGUCUUCAUGUGGUAGCGCUGUAUCACUGACUGACCAAGAUAGUCGUAUCACGAUCACAACCCCUGAUUACCCGGAUGUAAAUGGCGACUACUACGAGUGCACAUGGUUUGUAGAAUGUCCCAGCCAAACGGCAGUUCGAAUCGAUUUUAACGACUUCUGGCUUGAUUCUAACGGGUAUCUUCGCGUGCAUGAUGGCCCGCCAACUUAUAAUUCCGUGAUACAACAAUCAACUGGUUCAAACAUACCUGAUAGUGUGGUUUCAAGCAGCAACGUCAUGACUGUCUACUACUACAACAACUGCGGGACCUCAGGCAAAGGAGCAAGUUUUGAAAUGAGCUGUGUAUUCGAAGUCAACCUGGACUGUGACAGCACAUCCAUGACGGUUUUCCUGGACAGAAGGAUGCUAUCAAACGGAACUAAUGCAGCAGAUGUCCAUUUCGAGAAUGAUGAUUGCGUUGGGAUCAACCAUGAUACCACUCAAAUCGUUCUAUUCACCAGAUACGACAGGUGUUCAACCAGAUUACAAGAAACUGAGACGAGCAUCAUCUAUUCUAACGUGGUGACGUACAACACACCUCAACCGAUCCCAGGCACGGAAAUAACGCGUGAGAACAUCCUUAAGAUCCCUGUCAAAUGUGAGCUUGAUCGCCAUCGUCUCCUGGGUGAUUCCUUCGUCCCGAAAGUCGGCGAGAUAGUGUUCAACGAAACGGGCUACGGUGACUUUUCACUUCGACUCGAUCGCUACACAGAUGUGACCUUCGACGAGUUCGCAGGUGACGGCGAAGGCGAGAUCAUUCUUGGAGAACAUCUUUACUUUGCGGUUAACCUGACAUCUGUGCCUGGCUUGACUGUCUUUAUCGAUAACUGCUGGGCCACGCCAUCUCAGUACCCGAAUGAUGCAAAGAGUUACAACUUCCUCGACAAUGGAUGCUCAGAGGAUCCCACCAUGCACAAAUUGUACUCUUCUGAUCCGUCAUUCUCUAAGUUUGUCAUCGACGCUUUCACCUUCAUCGAGGAAAACCCACAGGUUUUCAUUCACUGUGAGGUGCUCGUUUGUAAUGAUAAUGACCCGUCGUCUCGGUGUUCCCAGGGAUGUAAGUCUAGAUUCAGACGUGGUAGCCGUCACACCCGUGGAACAAGCUCUACACCUCAUCUAAUCUCUAAUGGACCUCUGUCGACUGUCCACACUAUGCAUGCCGCAGAAGCACACAACUCUGAUGGUUCGCCCGUCGGUAUGGAAUCAAGCAUUUUGAUUGGAGUGCUCGCGUGUAUCACCUGUUUGAUCGUUGCCAUGGUAGCCGGUGUGCUCUACAAAUUACCAGCGAGACGCAUGUCCAACAUUUAUACCAUCGAGUGAAGGUCAACGAAAAUGAUAAAUAAAGUUGAAAUAUCAGUAAUCAAAGAGAAUGUUGAGUUAUGGGAAUAGUGAUAUGUUAAUAUAAUAAUAAUAUUAUGUUAGUACAAUAAUAUCGUAGAGACUUUCGAAAAAUCAACUUAUUAAUGCAAUUUCAGUAUUACCCUGUCCUAAACCUUUUUUAAACGCGCGGACAUUGCAAUGACGUAUUACAUAAUUCGAUCAGGAUUUCUAUGAUAUGUACAACAGGGUAUUGAAAUUCCCUGUGAGUUAAUUUGUUUUAAUCCGCAUUUCUCACUUUCCACCCAGGUGUAAAUGGGUACCUGGCAAUUGCUGGAGUAAUAAUGAUUGCAGGGCCCUCAUGAAGGACCUUGAUGCCGGUGAGGCUUCCCUGAGUAUUAUUGUUAUUAUUAUUAUUAUCAUUUUUAAUUUUACUAUUA